GUUUUGAUUCGUGAAGGCACGGUAUAUAGAGUACUCGUGAAGGCUUGAGGGUUUAAGAUCGUCAAGAUACCUAAUACCUAUAAGAAACGGCUAGGUUGUAGUAUGUAAAUACUACGAGAGAUGGCUUCAGCACCGAGGUCGUACAAGGACCAACUGCAAGGAUGGCUGGGGAAAAACAAACUAAAAUCAUCAUACAACGAGAGCACUAAUGCCGCCGGCCAGUUUGUGUGCGAGCUCACCGUGUCGGGCUGCUCGUUCAAGCCGAUCGGAGUCGGCGCCAGGAAGGCGGCCGCCAAGGAGGACGCCGCCGCUCAGCUCGUGCAGUGGCUGAGGCGGGCGGGCCGCUGGGAGCCGUCGGAGGCGGCCAGCCCGUCCAGAGCCGUCCCCCCGCCGCCGGCCGCGGAUGAUACGAGUCGUAACUCUAAUCAAAACCCAAAAUCGGCCCUUAAUAUCCGGCUUCAGAGUAUGCAAGUGCCUUGUAAAUAUUCAACGCCACCAAGCGUCAAUGGAGGAUUUGAGUGUACCCUCGAGAUUGAUCUGCCCGACGGUCGGGUGAAGUUCAGAAGCACCGGCCUCUCGACAAAGGAGGCCGAGCGCGCCUGCGCCCGGGACGCGCUGCUCCACCUGGACAGGCGGCCCGGCGGCCAGCUGCGCCGGACCGUCAGCGCGGCGCCGGCGCAGGCGGACGGAGUGCCACCGCUGCCCAGGAGCGCCUCUCUGCCGGCGGCGCCGGCGGCGGCGGCGGCGACCCGGCCGUGGCGCCCGACAAGGCCGGAUAAACCCAACCCCAAGUCGCUGCUGAACGAGUUUCUGCAGCAGAACGGCGCCGGUGUGGUGGACUACAGCUGCCAGGAGCUGGGACAGGGGACAUUCCGCACUACGGGCCGAAUUGAUCUCGAGGAGGCCCAGGGCUUCAAACUGCAGAAAUGUGCCGACGGCCCUUCCAAAGCGGAGUCUGGCAAAAGGUGCGCCGAGGAGCUGAUCCGAGCCCUGGAGCAGCUGAACUUACUGGAGCCGUCGGCGGUCGUGUCCGACCACGCGCCGCAGUCCGUCCGGGAGGUGCUGCGGGACGCCGUGCCCGUCCCGACUGGCCCCUCGGCGGCAGCGGCGGCGCCGGUGUCUGCGCCGCCUCUGGCCAGUUUCACCGGCUACCCGCUGUCGCCGCCCGCCGGCGGCUCGAUGACCAUCAUCCACGGGCCGGUCAGCGUGUACAACCAGCUGGCGCCGGCGUCCCCGUCCGCCCCGGCCGCCGCCGCCGCCGCCUCGCCGCCGCCGCCGCCACCGCCGCCGCCGCCCGUUCCGGCCCGGCUGACACAUCUGAUGGACAGCUCGGAGGUGGUGACGCCUAGACACAUCUUAAAAGUCAGCAUGAAGAUCGGGAACCUGCGCAAGACGAUUGGGCAGUGUCUGGGACUGGAGCCAAUAGACAUAGAAAACUGCUGCUUCAAAGAAGACGACCCGCACGAGAUCAACCGGAAAAUUCUGGGGGUCUGGAGAGAGCGCGAGAGUCGCGAGGCCACCGUCGGCCGGCUGUGCCGCGCGCUCUGGGAGUGCGGCGCCACAGAGGCCGUAGACACCCUGGCCGAGGAGCCGAGCACGCCGCAGCCGUAGCGGCCAGCCGAGUCGACCGCAGCCGCAGCGGCCAGCCGAGUCGACCGCAGCCGCAGGCUGCCGGCCAGCCCUACUGCCAUGUCGCCGACUGCCCCGCCAAGCUGCCACUAAUGCUCGCUGCUAGAGUCAACCACCGAGCAUUGGUCUGCCGAGUGAGCAGUGGCUGUAUAUCCUGGUGAGAUGUCAGUGCUGUGCUGCACCCCGAGUAGUUGCUUUGAUUUCAAGGGUUCGACGCUCUCUAGCAUGGUGGAACAGAUGUCCAUAGGAUAUCAGUUGAUUUUAGUAACAUGUGAGAAACUCACCAAUUAUCAAACUUAUGCCUUUGUUUUUGACGCUGCGAAAUUAGUCCCACCGAUAGCAUGAGUGGCUUAGUGUUAGAGCUAAAAUGGCCGGUACUGCCACAUUGUCGGGCGCCUCAGUGCGCUGUGCCUCGUGCUUUGUCUGAGCUUCUGGCGAUCGUCCGGUGGCCGGUUUUUAGGUAUUGAUGCUGGGGCUGUGCUCUGGAGGUGGGCGGGGUGUUUGUGAUAUGUGGUCUGGGCACCAUGGAUCCCAGCCAGUAUUUCCGGUGACCUGUCUUUAAGACGUGGGAUUUGCCGUUGAAUGUUACGGCUUUAGAGGCUUUGGUGUUGUUGCGUUUUUCGGUAGUUUGGUGGACGAUAGUCGAUAACUCGAACUAUAACUCGAUUCACCGGACCACCUGUCCAUUGCUACCGAAAUUUGUAGCUACGGAAUUUUGAAGCUUCCUAUUUUUAUAUGUUUCUGUUUCCCUCUUUGAACCUCUAUUAGUGCAGAUACAGAGUCACUGAUCAUGUUGCAGGGAAUGCAAACUCAUACCAAAAUUCAUUCUAUACAUUAGUUGGGAAGCUAGCCGUAAUGUGACGCAAUAAGUCGGAAUAAUGUUAGCCAUUUGCAAAUUGUCUUAAGAAAACCUAGCUUUUCAAAAUAAUUACCAAUAUCAACUUUUCUUUGUUCAAUUGGCAGAUGAACGUCCAUUUUAGUGUUUUAUUUCGUAAAUGAAUUUGUUUCAGCUUAGCGAACCGUGGUCGGUGCUGAGUUGCUCUGAUCGUUUGGUUCUGGCGUUAUGUCGGCACGUGCUAGUGCAGUAUCCUAUAAUUAUCCCCCCACCCCCACCGCCCUUUAGAUCCGAGUGACGCGCCUUCUGACGGGACCGUACCUGCGAAAUGCAGCGAGAUGUAGACAGCGCCCGUUAAUUGCCUAGAGCUCAAUACUUAAAGUGGGAGCCAAAACCAGCAUCGAUUGAUGUCAUUGAUGAAACCGUUUGUGAUAUUCUGCAUUGUGAUUUGCGUAAAUGUGUGACUUGUAAUUCGAGAUGAAGACGAAUCAAUGAUAUUGAGGAAACUGUGAUCCGUCUAUCGAGCUUGGUCGGCUGGGCUGAAGGUUUUUAGGUCUGGUGAGGACGGCUGUGUGCCGAGUCCAUAUUGCGCCAGCUUUUUGGGGUCCAUUAUAACGUGCGGCGCGGUGACCCUUGUGCUGCCAAACAGCACCUUGGGAUAUGCACAUCACACAAUCGGAAGAGCUUAUUUUGUGCAUGGUGAUAUAAUAAACAGUAUAUCUCUUUCGGA